AUGCCUUCCCCCCCUUUGCCCACCCAGAAUAUACCCCAUCAACACCACCAACACGCUCAGACUGCAGCUUCACCAGCAGCUUCGCCAUCCGUACCCACGAGAAGCCUCACCGGCAAGCAGCAGCACAGCUUGAACCCACCACCUCCACCACCCCCUUCGUCCUCGAGCUCCGCUGCCACCCGAGCCGUGACUAGCGUGCUCCCCAUCCACACAGGCACCCCGACCCUCGACUUCUCGACGCCCUCGUCGGCUUCCUCGGCGACCACAAGCUUCCAGCAGCAGGAGUGGAAGCCCCUGGAUGGUGCAGCCGGCAACCGUCCCCCCGAAGCCAUUGAGAUGGACCCCAUCGCCCCCGCCGGCCACCGGCGACGGCGGAGCACCCUGACGUCCAGCGUGGGCGGCGCCGGCGGCCUGCCCUCGGCCCACCCGGCUGGGCGUGGCCGAGCCCAGAGCAUCCGGAACGUGAGCGAGCCCGCCGACCUCAAGAUCUCCGAAGAGGCACAUUUCAGCGGCGCCGACGCGCCCUCGUCGUCCAAGUCCGAGGCCCCCGAUGACGACAGCAGCAUGUCAGACGAGGACCUCCACGACGACGAGGAGACGGGCCUGACCAAGAAGGACAAGAAGCGCAAGGCCGCCAAGCGUAGGCGGAACACCCGCCUAGACAAUCGGAUUGCCAGGGACAAGAUCACGGAGGAGGAGCGCAGGGAGGCCGACCAGAACGUGGCGCGGAAGCUGGUCAUCAACGUCGUACUCAUUGGCCUGUGGUACUUUUUCUCCCUGUCUAUUUCUCUGUAUAACAAGUGGAUGUUCGACUCCCAGAGGCUCAACUUUGGGUUCCCCUUAUUCACUACAUCGAUGCACAUGCUCGUGCAAUUUUCCUUAGCAGCAUUAGUUUUAUAUUUCAUACCCUCUCUACGCCCGAGCGCCGGGCACCACAACUCCGAUGGGGGCCGGUCGAGGCAUGAGUCGGAACCGGAACGGCCGGCCAUGACGAAACUCUUCUACUUGACGAGAAUAGGCCCCUGCGGUGCGGCAACGGGCUUGGAUAUUGGACUGGGUAAUACCUCGUUGAAGUUCAUCACCCUCACCUUCUACACUAUGUGUAAAUCAUCUUCCUUGGCCUUUGUCCUCAUAUUCGCCUUCCUCUUCCGCUUGGAAUCCCCAACGUGGAAGCUCGUAGCCAUUAUCGCGACCAUGACAAUGGGUGUGGUGAUGAUGGUGGCCGGCGAGGUCGAAUUCCAGCUCAGCGGCUUCGUGCUGGUUAUCUCAGCCGCCUUCUUCUCCGGCUUUCGCUGGGGACUCACGCAAAUCCUGCUGCUCAGGAACCCUGCAACUUCCAACCCAUUUUCUAGCAUUUUCUUCUUGGCCCCGAUCAUGUUUCUGACUUUGAUCCUGAUUGCGAUCCCCGUUGAGGGUGUUUUUGAAUUAGUGGAGGGCUACCGUGCGCUGAGUGCAGACCGGGGAGCUGUCAUCGCCCCCCUGAUACUCCUGUUCCCAGGCACCAUUGCCUUCCUUAUGACAGCCUCCGAAUUCGCCCUCUUACAGCGCAGCAGCGUUGUAACACUCUCAAUCGCCGGCAUCUUCAAGGAAGUCGUGACUAUCAGCGCCGCCGCCAUUGUCUUCGACGACAAGCUGACGACGAUCAACAUCUCUGGUCUACUCAUCACUAUUUGUGCCAUUGCAUUCUACAAUUACAUCAAGCUGACCCAGAUGCGGAACGAAGCUCAGUUGGAUGUACAUACGAAACACGGCGCGUAUCAACAGGCCGAGUCUGGGCCUUCCAGCGAUGGCAGCGAGGACGAAGAGGAGGAGAGUGGGCUCCUAGCUCACGCAGACGAGGAUGACGAUCACGCUAAUGAUAUGGUCACUAUGGAUGGCGAUAUCAUACCGAACCCAAAGCCGCACGCUGAGGACAGCCGGGCCGGACGGUCCGAGCACGCAGAUUGA